AUGGAACAAACCUGGGACUGUCACGUUCACUGCUUCGACCCGGCUAGAUUCCCCUUCAAGGACUCUCGAUCAUACACGCCUGUUCCUGCAACACUCGACACAUUGGUGAGGAGCGUGCGGUCACCAAACUUGGUCAUCACUCAAGCCACAAUCGAAGAUGGAGUUUCCGGCAUACAGGAUGCGUUGGAAAGAGCUCAGAUGUCCCCAGAACUCAACAUUGUACGCGGAACGAUCAUGGCCAGUCACCUCAGGGAUCUCGACGCACAAUCAUUUCGAGAACUGCACGCAGUAGGCGUGCGAUGUGUUCGAAUUCACGGCACACAUGGUGGAGCUGGAGAUGACCUUGACUGGAUCACCCAGCAGUUUAGACUGGCCGCAACGUCAAUUGGCGUUAGAAACUAUGGCUGGCACAUUUCUGCUCAGCUUCCACUGCAGAGCUGGGCAUCUCUCGGGCCUUGCCUCUCGGAACUCAACCAUGUCACCAUCCUCGUGGACCAUAACGCCUCAGCGUGCCCCUCUGACCUCGACAGCCCCGCCUUCGCAGCAUUCCUCGAGCUCUUGGGCGUAAACAACCUGGUGGUCAAGAUUGGAGCUUUGCAUCGACGGAGCUUGAGGGAUGUCGAAGCAAUGAGGGAGGUCGUGCAAGCGUUUGUUGCAAAAGCUUCGGAUAGGGUGUUGUUCGGCAGCGACUGGCCGCAUGUGAAUGCAUCACGAGGCGGCGCAGGCCCGACACCGCAUGUGAGAGAUGUGGAUACUGCGACAGAGUUGAGUCUGCUGCGGACAUGGGUCUCGGAAGAGCAGUGGAACAAGAUCAUGAGCGGCAACCCUGAUAGGCUUUUCGCCAAUUGA